CUUUUUUUCCUUCCUCCCUCCCCACCCCUCCUUCUUGUUGUGGCUUUGGAAGAUGUUACUCUCCAAGUUUGGCUCGCUUGCGCACCUUUGCAACCCGACCAGCAUGGAUCACUUGCCCGUGAAGAUCCUGCAGCCAGUGAAAGUGGAGAAGGAGCCGUUCGAUAAAAUCUAUCAAGUGGGCUCUGUGCUGGGCAGCGGGGGAUUUGGCACGGUCUAUGCCGGGAACAGGAUCGCAGAUGGCUUGCCGGUUGCCGUGAAGCAUGUGGUGAAGGAGAGAGUGACGGAGUGGGGCACAAUUGGCGGAGUAAUGGUGCCCUUGGAGAUCGUCCUGUUGAAGAAAGUGGGCUCAGGCUUCCGAGGUGUGAUCAAGCUACUGGACUGGUAUGAGAGGCCUGAUGGCUACUUGAUUAUCAUGGAGAGGCCAGACCUGGUGAAAGACCUCUUUGACUUCAUCACUGAGAAGGGAGCCCUGGACGAGGAGACGGCCCGGAGCUUUUUCCGCCAAGUCUUGGAGGCAGUGCGCCAUUGCUAUAGCUGCGGGGUGGUGCACAGAGACAUCAAGGAUGAGAACCUCCUGGUGGAUCUCCGGACAGGAGAGCUGAAGCUGAUAGAUUUUGGGUCUGGAGCCAUCCUCAAGGACACAGUCUACACUGAUUUUGAUGGAACGCGAGUAUACAGUCCUCCCGAAUGGAUUCGCUACCACAGAUACCAUGGAAGAUCAGCAACUGUGUGGUCGUUGGGAGUCCUCCUGUACGACAUGGUUUGUGGAGACAUUCCUUUUGAGCAAGAUGAAGAGAUACUGAGGGGACGGUUAUACUUUCGAAGAAGAAUUUCACCUGAAUGCCAACAACUGAUCAAAUGGUGCCUUUCACUGAGGCCUUCAGACAGACCAACUCUUGAGCAAAUCUUCGACCACCCAUGGAUGCACAAAUCAGAAGUCGUGAAGUCAGAAGACUGUGACAUAAGGCUACGGACCAUUGACACUGACGUGUCUAGCACAAGCUCAAGCAAUGAGAGCCUGUGAAAUUCUGAGGACCUUGCAAAGGGAGGGGAGCUACAAGCAGGAAAAAAAAAAGACCUGAGUGCUGCUGCUGCCAGUAUGUAGGAGGGGCUAGAAAAAAAUGCAUUCAUUAUUCUGUAGUUUGAAACUUUGUCUGAGGGAAUUGAUUUUUAUUUCCCCCACCCCCUUUUUGCUGGUUUCUGCUUUGGAAUGAGAGUUUUCCUUUGGAAAAGCUGAUGUUGUGGGAGUUUGCAGGCCAGUACUUAGUCAAAAGACUGACCUUUUUAUUAAGAAAAAAAGCAGUGACCUCUUUAAAUAACACGGUGAACCUUUUUGCUCUCAUAGAGCCUGGACUAGAUUUUAUUUGCUUUUUGAGUGCCUUUUUGAAAGCUGCUUCAGUGGGACUUUCUUUUUUGAGCUGUGUAUGUCCAAAGAAGAUCCAGUGCAUUAUAGGAUUUUGCUCCCUUACUCAGUACAGUGUGCUGGUGGGGAAGCAGCUCCUAUGAUGCACUGGAGAAUAUGUUCAGUGAUUGAAUGAAGUAGUCCCAUCCACUGGCGAUGGAAUACUUGAACACAACAUUUCACUCCUUCCUAGCUCUUUUCCAGCCCCCCUUCUCUGCCCCAAGACAACCUCUGCUGCUCCACAAUGUAUUUCGAAUAGGCUGCACAGGUUAUCAGCUGUUUAUCAGGAACACUCACUCAUAUUUCAUUUCAUCAUCUCUACCACUGGGCACAAAAAAAGGCCCUUUUUCAACUCCCCCAACCUGCAAGUCUUAAUAGUAUGUAUGGGCAUGUUAAAUGCACAAUCAAUGCAAUAUUCAAGGACUUUGUGUGUGUUUUUUCCAUACCUGUAUAAUGUGUUUAUGUAAAUUUUGGGUUCCCCCCCCCCCAUGUAAUGCAGUUUUAUUUAUUGUCUGGAGUUUAGAAAACCUCUCACAGUCUCAUCUGUGGCUAUUUAUUUUAGCUAAUUUAUUUGUUUAGAAUUAUUCAACACUGUGCUUUCUCUCUCUUUCUUACUCCUGUCAUGGGAAUUCUUAUGGUUGGUCCACAACUUGUUUUUGCAUUCCUAUUUGUCUCUUUACCUUUUUUUUUGGAUUUUGUUUAAAAAGAAAAAUGUCUGACCAUACCUGUUUUUUGUUUUUUGUUUCAUUUUUUGGUUGGAAGAUGGAAAAUUGUUGUACAAAGUCUAAUUUAAGGGAACUAGAAUGACUUUAAAAGUUAGUCAGUAUGCCUUUUUUGUCUGGUAUUAUUUACAUACCAGAACUGUAAAGUAAUGCUGUUUGGAAGGGUUUUAAAUUAUUGACAUUGUACAGUCUUUGUGCACUGGCUCUGGAAGGAAGAGUGGCAGAGUCAUAAACCUUAAUUUAUUUUAAUAGAUGUGUGUUCUGUGAUCUGGUUGCAUUUAUGCAGCUUUGAUUUGGAAUUUUUUUUUCUUCUGUUUAACUGUGUGAAAUGUAUGGAGAUCAUAUUUUUUUAUACAGGUAUUUCAAUUAAACUUUU